AUGGAGGAAGUCCCUACAUAUGACUGGAAUCCUGAAAUCCAGGGCAUCAUCCUCAGCUCCCUCAGCUAUGGCUAAUUUGUGGUCCCAAUCCCUGUUGGCUAUGUAGCCGGAGUCCUUGGAGCCAAGUACGUGGUUGGUGCUGGGUUGUUUUUCACUUCAGUCCUGUUGCUCCUCAUUCCAGUGUCAGCUGAUGCUGGAGUGGCCGCGCUCAUUGUCGUGCAUGUUAUUCAAGGCACAACCCAGAAUACGGUUUUGACAGGUCAGUAUUCCCUUUGGGUCCGAUGGGCUCCCCCAGUGGAAAGGAGUCAGCUCAUCAUUAUUGUCAUAUCAGGGGCAAUGCUGAGAUCCUUGAUUGUACUCCCUGUGGGUGGUUUCAUCUGUCAGAGCAUAGGAUGGCCUUACAUCUUCUAUAUCUUUGGUGGAAUUGGGUGUGUCUGUUGUCUUCUCUGGUUUCCUCUUGCUUAUGAUGACCCAAAGGAUCACCCCUUUAUCAGUGCUGAUGAGAAGAGAUACAUCACAUGUUCACUGGCUCAACAGGAUAACUUGCCAGGCUGGUCUCUUCCCAUUAAAUUUAUGAUCAAAUCUCUGCCACUCUGGGCCAUCUUAGUAUCUUAUAUUUGUUAAUACUGGAGUGUGCAAAUAAUAUCUGCAUAUACACCAACAUACGUCAGCACUGUGCUUGAAAUCAGUGUCAAUUAUAGUGGGAUACUGUCAUUGUUGCCGUUUAUUGCUUCCUGUAUCAACAUUAUGCUUGGAGGUCUCUUGGAUGAUUUUCUCCUCUCCAGAAAAAUUCUGAGACUCAUCACCAUCAGGAAGCUCUUUACUGGCAUAGGGGUUCUCUGCUCAUCUGCAGUCCUUGUGGCUCUGCAUUGGGUCAGAUCCAGCCAGAGUGCUGCUGUAAUCUCCUUGUUGUUGUGUACUAUUUUCAGUGGCCUCAAUCAAUCAGGAGCUCUUGUGAACUUCAUAGACAUUGCUCCUCGGUACGCCAGCUUUCUCAGGGGGUUCUUUCAAAUGUUUGAGGUCAUAGAUGGAGCCAUUGCUCCCACCAUUGGUGGAAUUUUAAUCAAUCAGGAUUCAGUAUUAGGUUGGAGAAACAUGUUCCUCAUUGUAUCUUGCAUUAACAUCAUUGGCUUGAUCUUCUACCUCAUCCUUGGCCAAGCACAUGAGCAGGAUUGGGCUAAAGAAGAGACAGUCACUCACUUGUGAGAAAACCAGGUGUGCAAGAUGAUCACGGCACUUUGUUCUUCCUGCACAUACUUCCCUUGUG